AUGGCGCCAAAAACGGCGGCGAUCUUCGUUGCACUUGUAGCAAUUGCCGUUGUUUCAACAAUGGUAAAGGGUCAAUCCGACUGCACAAGUGUGAUAGUGAGCAUGGCGUCGUGCCUCAAUUACGUGUCGGGAUCGGCCGCCACGCCUUCGGCAUCAUGCUGCUCUGCCUUGGAUAAUGUGGUGAAGACGCAGCCGCGGUGCCUGUGCACCAUAGUCAACGGCGGGGGAUCAUCGUUGGGCGUUAGCAUCAAUCAAACCCUAGCACUCGGUCUCCCCGGCGUGUGCAAGGUGGAUACCCCGCCAACUAGCAGAUGUAACGUUGUUAAUGGGCCUGUGGGUUCUCCAGAGAGUGCACCUCCAGAAUCUGCUGAUGGAAUGCCUGGUUCUCCCUCUGUCACUGGGUCGAAGACAACUCCUACAGAUGGUUCAACCUCAAGCGGAAGCACAAUCAACAUCAGUCUUGUCACCAAAAUCACAUUCUUCAUCACAGUUGCAUAUGCUUCAUCACCUCUCAACAUCUACUGA